ACUGUUUUGGACCUUGUUUCCUUGUUUCCAUUGGCCUCUCUGUCAAACCAUAAACUUUUGGUUAGUUAUUCGUUGCCUUAUAGUUACGUCAAAGAAAAUUGUUUAUCAAACGAAAUCAUGGGAUUGUUUGGGAAAACGCCAGAAGCUAACCCAAAAGACAAGGUGAACGAGUGGUGUAGCAAACUUCGAAAGGAGAGCUCCCAAUUAGACCGUCAAAUUCGCGGUAUUCAGAGGGAAGAAGAAAAGGUAAAGAGAAGUAUGAAGGAAGCUGCCAAAAAAGGGGAUAGAGAUGUCUGCAUAAUACUUGCCAAAGAAAUCGUUCAUUCAAGGAAGGCCAUUUCAAAAAUCUAUACAUCCAAGGCUCACAUAAAUUCUAUAUCAAUGCAGAUGAAAAAUCAAUUAGCAACCCUACGAAUUGCUGGAGCACUUCAGAGGUCCACAGAAGUAAUGAAAGCCAUGCAGCAACUGAUAAAAAUACCAGAGGUUGCAGCCACUAUGAGAGACCUUUCAAAGGAGAUGAUGAAGGCUGGUAUUAUUGAGGAAAUGCUAGAAGAUACCUUGGAAGGCCUUGAGGACACUGAGGAGCUUGAAGAAGCUGCUCAGCAAGAAGUUGAUAAGGUUUUGUGGGAAAUAACAGCCGGUCAGUUAGGGAAAGCUCCGGCUGCUGUUACCGACUCUCUUCCUGUUCCGGAAGCCGUUGCGUCUACAGCAGAUGACGAAGAGGAUUUGGGAGAAAUGCAAUCCCGUCUACAAGCCCUGAAAAGCUGAAAACUUUAAAAAUACGUUUAAUAGAUUCGGUCAUCGUUUAAAUUUUAAAGCUAAUCAUAUUGAGAUAACCCUAGUUCCAUUUCAUUACGUGGGGCCCUGAGUAUUACGUAAAUUGGCAACUAGGACGUUACACGCUGUACAAAUUCUACAUACUAUAAGCUCUUAUUAUAUGAUUACAUUUGUUCAAACGUA